AUGGCAGGGUAACUACAGAAACGUGGUACUCUGGGGAAGCUUUCUACCAGUUCUCUACGAGACACCAAUCAGUUUGGUUUCCUGAGAGAGAAUGUCUGACCGGAUCUUCUAUAUUCACUCUAACUUGUCCUCAGUCCCCUGGGAGGGCAACACAGCAGCAGCGGUGGCGCCAGCUUCUCCCCCUACACCUGGCCACUACCAUGUCCUCUACCGAGGGUGUGGAGAAACCCAGGUGGGCUGGCACGGGGAGACAUACUGCCUGGUUGGAGGCUACCGGGCCUAUGGAGAUGCGCCUGUGGCCACACCAGUAAAGGUGGAAGCACAGAAGCCAGUCCCUAACCGCGCUCCCAAGAGGCGUCGGUCUCUGGCAGAGUCAGAUAAUGAUCUCGGUUGCUCCCGCCCCAAAAUUCGACGAUUGCAGUAUGAUGGCAGGAGGCUGACCCCACAGAAGCUCGCCGGCUGAGCCACUCUGUAAAGAGGACAGCUAACACCUCUUCCCACAGUGACCCACCCCCCACACUGUCCACUACCUGAGAUUAGAAACUCAGCCAUUCCGUGUGUGCCUUCCUCAGCCAGGAGUCUCCUUCCAUGCUAAGUGGCCACGGAAAGGAGCUUCAGAAGCUGAGGUAUCAAGUGAGAGGCUGCUUUGAACACCCCAGGGCAGACUGGACUGAAAGAAAGCCUGAUGCUGCUGGGCUCAAUCCUCUAGAGUCCCUCCUCGGGCAGAGGGAAGAAAAGUCCGCACAGGGGAUCCGGGAGCAGGAAGCAGGUGCGGAGUGGCCUUCACAAGGGCCUAGCCUACCAAGUGGGCUCCUGUGGCUGCCCAGGGAGCCUCCUGGCUGGAGUCUGAGGAGGCAGGAGAGAGAGCCAGGACAACCUCCUGGAGGAGGAACAGGAUGGAGAGAGUCAAGCAGCACCCUACCUGAGACUGACACGUACCUUUUUUUUCCCAGUCCUUUCUGGCCCCAAUGGGGUCUCUUAAUGCUCAAUAAAACCAGUUUCUGUUUAACAGCAUCUGACUUGAAAUGCAGCUUCUUCAAGGCCAACCCCAAAUCUGCC